AUGCCGCCUCGAGUAGCGCGGAGCUCUAUCCAGAGCAGCAGCCAGCCUGCAAAGGCUCGCCCAAAUACUCGAAACCCGAAGAAAGCGGCAAAGCGCGCCCUGAAUGCUUUCUCCAUCGCCCAGUACGAGAACCCGGAGAAAGUCAAGGUCAGCAAGCAUCGACUCGGCGAAUUCGACCCAGCCUUCAAACGCAAGAGGUCACGCAACGACGAUGAAGAGGAGGAGGAUGAGGACGACGAAGAAGAAGAAUCUGCGGGGCCGAAAAGACAGAAGAAGCGAAGCGGAAGUGAGAGCUUUGACGAAGGCAGCGAUUCUGAGGGCAACACCUGGCAGAUGGGUCAUGUCGAUGACGAUGAUGACGACGAUAUAGACUCAGAUGAGGCGUUUGGGGAGAGCGACGAGGAGAGGUUCGAGGGAUAUACGUUCCGAGGAAGCUCGACAACCCAAAAAGGCGCAGCAAAGAAGCCAAGACGACAGGGCAGAGCAGCUGAUGAUAGCGACAUGGACUUGGACGAAGGCGAUAGUGCGGAUGGCGAGGAAGAGGAAGAUGAUGGCCUGGGCGAAGACGCUAUUGACCUAGCCACGGCGCUUGAUCAGUACGACGAGGAUGAGGCUGAAGAGAAGAGGGAAAAGAAGAGGAAGAAGAAGCAGGCUUCCGCCUUUGACGGCAGCGAUGAGGACUCGAGCCAGGGCGAGGAUGACGCCGCAGAUAGUGCGUCUGAUGUCUCAUCUGACGACAGCGAGGAAGAUGAGGAAGAUCGGCAGGCGCAGCUGAAUGAUCUCAUAUCUUCGCUGGCGUCACAAGAGGAGGGCAAGCCCACGGGCAGGAAAGUCGAGGUUCAUGAGUCUGCUGUUCCAGACGAGUUUGGGGUCUCUAGGAAGGUAGACCUUCUCAGCUUCAAGCCCAAGGUGGCUGACGAAGAGAAGAAGAGGGCGCUCAAGUUACUUCGCGACGACAAGUCCUCAAAACGGAAUGAUAUUGCCAGGAAGCUAGACGCCCCUCUACCAAAACGACAACAAGACAAGCUCGACCGAGCUGCUGCUACUGCCAAGGCGAAUGAGACGCUCGAGCGCUGGACUGACACGAUCAAGCAAAACCGUCGCGCUGAGCAUCUCAUGUUUCCUCUGCAGAAUAAGAGUGGAGGCGAACCCAUGGGAGAAAAGACACUUCUACCUACAACGACCGCUGCCCCUGCCAACGACCUCGAAAGCACCAUCCAGGCCAUUCUCCAGCAGAGCGGUUUGUCGAAUGGAAAUGACGGCGAGGACCAAAUUCAAAAGUGGGAAGAGCUACAGACAAAUAAGCUCCCCAUUGAAGAAGUAAUGAGGCGCCGCGCGCAGUUGCGGAUAGAGCGCGAACUCCUCUUCCGCGAAGAAGUCCGGUCCAAGCGUAUCAAGAAGAUCAAGAGCAAGUCUUACCGCCGAGUUCAUCGCAAAGAGCGUGAGAAACUCCUGCAAAAAGAGCGGGAACAGCUCAAAGCAGACGGUGUUGAUCUCUCUGAAGAAGAGCGCGAGUACAACGACCGUCGAAGAGCUGAAGAACGCAUGGGCGCUAAGCACCGCGAGAGCAAAUGGGCCAAGGGCAUCAAGGCAACCGGUCGGGCAGCAUGGGAUCAGGGCGCUUUAGACGGCGUUACCGAAAUGGCCAGGCGCAACGAGGAACUUCGCCGCCGCGUCGAAGGCAAAACUAUACGCGACGAUGAUGACGAGGGCUCAGAUGUUCCCAGCGAAGACGACGAAAGUGAAAAUGACGACGAUGAGCAAUCAGACAACGGAAUUCUACAAAAGUCACUUGGCAAGUUGAAGCAGAAUCCGUUUUCAACAGAUAAGUCGAAGCUGGGUCAAAUGGCCUUCAUGCAGAAAGCUGAAAAGGCCAAGCGUGCGCAGAAUGACGAAGCCGUUGAGCAAAUGCGGCGCGAACUUGCUGGUGAGGAUAGCAUGAGCGAUGAAGAGCGCGAGAACACCGCGAAGGUCGGACGCCGCAAAUAUGGUCCUGGCAACAAUAUUGCUCCUGCGAUACAGAUAAAUCGCAGUGAGUUCGAAGAGCAUCCUGGCUCAGACGAUGAAGAGACCAAGAAUAAGGAAGUUGCGAAUGAUGAGGAGUCUGUUUCGAAUGGAGCACGCGCCCAAAAGGGUAGAACCAAUGGUCUUUCAAACGGCAAUCGAAAAGUAAACCGGAGUGGAGCACCUUCGCCUGAGAAAGAUGACAGCGGCUCAUCGAAUCCUUUCCUCGCGAAAGCUAAGAAACAGAAGACGGCGCAACCAGCGCCUGAGCUCUUCCCCUUCACAGACGGCACGGAGCCAUCGGUAGCGGCAAAGGCCACAUCUGGACCGAAGCCCAAUUCAAAAGCUCAGUCAAAGCCUGAACCGGCUGCAGAAGUACAACCAUCUACAGUUGACUCAUUUCUCCAGCAACGCGUUACCGCCGCCGAUGACGAUGGCUGGGCGACGGUGCUGGGCGGUCAAGACGAAGAUCAAGAUCAAGAUGAACAGGACAUUGAAGAUGAAGGUUUCGACCUCGACAUCGUCUCCCGCAACCAGGCUCUCACUGCUAAAGGUUUCGCCGGUGACGACGUAGCCGCCGAAUUUGCUGCAGAGAAGAAGGCUACCAUCGAAGAGGAGGAAUCCACCGAAACAACGAACUAUCUUCCAGGUUGGGGCGCAUGGGCGGGUGACGGUAUGACUAAAGCCGAGAAGGCGCGUAACAAGGGCCAGAAGACUGUCACGAAGAAACAGGGUAUUGAUGCCAACAAGAGAAAGGAUAGGAAGCUGGAGAAGGUUAUUAUCAACGAGAAGAGGGUCAAGCAGAAUGUUAAGUAUAUGGCGAGUCAACUACCGUUCCCGUUCGAGACGAGGGAGCAGUAUGAGAGGAGUUUGAGGGUGCCGAAGGGCAAGGAGUGGACUACCAAGAAGACGUUUCAGGAUGCGACCAGGCCGAGGGUCAUCGUUAAGCAAGGAAUUAUUGCACCACUGCGGAAGCCUCUGGUCUAA